AUGUCCAACCAGCAAGCCACAGAUUACUACGACCCCUCCGCCCCCCGCCACAUCCCCAUCGACGACUGUCUUACCUACGAAGCGGGGUACAGACCCAACCUCCCGGGCCAACGCACCUGGUGGGUCUUCUGCCCCGUCACCGGCCUGUUCCAGAACAGUUACUCCCUCCUCGGCGCCAUGAUCGAGUGCGUCGCCCGCGGCCAGGCCACGCUCACCCCGGCCUGGGACCGCACCUUUGCGGGAGGCAUCUGGUAUGAUUUUGAUUGCAGUGCUGAUCUGUUGGAUGUGCAGGUGCUGAUGGGUGCAGCGAUUAGUGAUAUGCAGAGACGGAUCGAGAGGUAUAUGUAUACGAGUGAUGGGCAGGCUGGGUAUAAGCCUGCGCUUGGGUUUCGGUCGGUUGAAGAGAUGAGAGUAGGGCGAUUGGGGGUUGAUUGA